AUGUCCGCCAAGGUGCAUACACUCGCCCAAGCUGGCUUCGGUGCCGGGACGAAUGAACUCUAUGAUCGGCUCGGCGCGGGCACCGGUAUCUUCACCCGCGCCCUGCUCGCGCACCCCGACUGGACGCAUGCCGUGAAUGAGCUCCGCGCCGUCGAGCCCAGCGCGGGCAUGCGCGAGCAGUUCACCAAGACCGUGACGGACCCGCGCGUGUCGAUCCGUGAGGGCACGUUUGACGAGACCGGCAUCGAGGACGGAUGGGCCGAUCUCAUCGUUAUCGCUCAAGCGUACCAUUGGUGCCCGGACUACAACAAGGCGGCCGUUGAGUUCGCCCGAGUGCUCAAACAAGGAGGGGUCGUCGCACUCAUUUGGAACCUCGAGGACAGAGACCGCUCAGCGUGGGUUGCCCAGCUCCGUGAUCGCUAUGAAUCACACGAGAGCGGAACACCGCAAUUCCGUCUCGGCCUGUGGCGUGCCACCUUUUCGACACCUGGGUAUCAGGCAAACUUCGAGCCGCCGGAAGAGGAAGUAUUCGAGUUUGUCCUGGAAGGUACCCGCGACAUCGUCGUCAACCGUGCGUGCAGCAAGAGCUACAUUGCGAUCCUUCCUCCGGAUGAGAAGCAGAAGGUCAUCGAUGAUAUCGACUCAGUUCUGAAACAGAAGGACAUCUUGAAGUGGAUUGACGAAGACAAGGGGAUCUUCGAGUACCCGUACACGACUACCGUCGUCCUGUGGAGGAAGAAGUAG